AUGGGUGGCUUCGGUGUCGAGAUUCAAGGUAUUGUCAGGAGAUUGGAGAAAUUAUGCACCCACAAAUGGAGGAAAAGUUUCAGGGCCAUGGAAGAGGUGGGGACAAUCUGUGUGAGUGUGUUGGGCAGUGUUGUACGUGGGGCAGCAUGGGGGGCCCAAGAGGCCAGGAGCCUGGGAUCGAUUGUUGUUGAUAAUGAGCCAUGA